UUUUUUUUUUGUAUUUUCUCACUUGUUUAUCAUAUUAUGGGAGCAGCUCUUAGUUGUGUUGCAUUACCUGCUUUAUCAACAGUAGGUACUUGGGUGACAGGCUGCUUUUCAGCAGCAGCUUGUUCAUUAGCGUUUAAAAGUUGUAAUUGUAACAACUCCAUUGCAACUCGUAUCGGUUAUGCUAUUAUAUUCUUAUUCAACUCGAUUCUUGCUUGGCUCAUGUUAUCCAACUGGGCUAUAAAAAAACUAGAACACUUGACACUGGACUACAUGAAAUUUGACUGUGCAGAAGGCAGUUGUUAUGGUGUAAUUGGUGUUCACCGAGUUUCUUUUGCUCUUGUCUUAUUUCAUGCUAUUUUGGGUUGUUUAUUAAUAGGUGUGCAUGAUAGUCGACAAAAGAGAGCAGCUAUUCAGAAUGGUUGGUGGGGACCUAAAAUCUUGGCAUGGAUUCUCUUGCUUGUGAUUUCGUUCUUUAUCCCUAGUGGCUUCUUUAUGGUCUGGGGUAAUUACUUUGCCUUGUUUGGUGCUGCUGUCUUUAUUUUGUUUGGUCUGGUCUUACUGGUGGAUUUUGCUCAUAGUUGGACCGAACGGUGUAUUGAGAACUAUGAAAUGUAUGAUUCAACACUGUGGCGUAAUAUUCUGAUGAUAGGCACCCUGUUGAUGUUUGCAGGUGCUGUCACACUCACAGGUAUCAUGUAUGGUUUCUUUGCAACCAACGGGUGUUCUCUCAACCAGUUCUUUGUGACAUUGAACUUGAUCUUGUGUGUGUUUGUGACCUUGUUGUGUAUUUCGCCUCGUAUUCAAGAAGGCAAUUCUCGCUCUGGACUCUCACAGGCCUCUAUUGUGGUGAUCUAUUGUACUUAUCUUGUCUUGUCUGCUGUGGCUAAUGAACCCAAUGACAAAGAAUGUAACCCUCUACGCAAAUCCAUGGGCCCCCAAACGACAUCAAUUGUAUUGGGUGCUAUCUUUACUUUCUUGGCUGUUGCCUAUUCCACCAGUCGUGCUGCUACUCAAGACGGUGCUUUUAUCAGUAGCAAGUCUUCAGGUAGGCCAAGACUAUCCAACUAUGAGCCAUUGGAUACGUCGAGUGCUGUUCCAUUAAUGCCCAAUCAAGUAGAAGCAGGUGCUAAGCGUAUGAGUGCUCAAGGAAAUGCACGGGAGCAUUUGAUUGCUGCUGUAGAAGCUGGUGCUUUACCUCGGUCUGUCUUGUAUGAAGAUGAUGAUGACGAUGAUGAGGAUAUGGGUUUAGUUGAUGACAAAGAUGAUGAAAGAUUUGGUUCAGUCUAUAAUUAUUCCUUCUUUCAUUUUGUAUUUGCAAUUGCAGCCAUGUAUGUGUCUAUGGUGUUGACAAAUUGGAAUACAAUUCAAUUCAAUAACGAAGGAGGACAUGAUGGUGGUGAUCUUGUAAGAAUUGGUCAGAGUUAUACUGCUGUUUGGGUCAAAAUUGUGUCUGGUUGGAUUUGCCAUCUUAUCUAUAUUUGGUCUUUAGUUGCACCUGUGUUGAUGCCUGAUCGUUUUGAAAAUUAUUAAGCCUUGUUGUGUAUAUCAAAAUAAAGUAUUUAAGGGAGGCAAAAGUGUUUGUCUUACCAUUUAUGAUGUCAAUUCUUAUCCAUGCGCUUGUUUAAAAUGUUCUACAAAUUGCCUAAUUUAUCUCCAAUUACUAUGUUUUGACUACACUCAAACCGGAUUACCCUCCCC